AUGAAUUGUUGUUUUGUAAUAUUAAUUAAUUUAAUUUUGGUAUUUGCUUUAAAUUUUGAUACGUACGUUUUAUGUAUAUGGACAAAUGAAACUAUACAACACCGAAAAUUAAAUAGGGUCAAUAGAAUAUUGAGCAAUGUUAAACCGGAUACUUCAAAUGACAAAAAAAAAGAAACCAAAUCCUCAAACGAUUCACCCAAAAAUUAUAAGGGGAAAAAAAGCCAUAAAAAAAAGGGAAGUAGCAAUGACCACAUUGAAAUGGAAAAUAGCGAAUUAAAACCUUCUAUAGAAUGCGAAAAUAAAUAUACAGACGAUUUAUUAAAUGAAUCAAAUGGAUCUGGCGAUUUUUUACAUAGUGUUAAAGAUGUCGCAGUAAAAAAGAAUCAGUGUCACUCAUAUAUUUUUAAUUGUUUUGCAAAGUCCAGAAAUGAUAAUGAUGAUGACGAUGAAGAUAGUUACAAGCAAAAAUAUACCAGUGAAAAUAAUUUAGAUAUAAAAUCUGGCGAUGACCCUGAUGAAGGACACUCCAAAUUUUGGAGAAUUAAAAAAGGAAGCAAACGUGGCAGCGAUACAAAUCCUUUUAAAUUAGACAUGAAUUAUUUAACUAGAAAAAAAAGUUCUCUGCCUAAUUAUGAAUUCAACCUUGCGAUGGUUACCAAAUUUAUAGAUUCCAAUCAAAAAAUUAUAGAUCUUGAAAAUGAAAAUGAUACAGUAAUUAAAGAUAAUAUGAAUAGAAAUAGUAAUACUGUAAGAUCAAGAGACUUGUUAUUAAGUACGUCAUUUAAAAAUAUAGAUAAUUUUGUUUAUGGUAAAAUUAUAACUCAUUUAUUAGGAUAUGCAUAUAUUUUUUAUGGGCAUAAAAUAAAUAUUAAUAAAUUGGAAAAAGAGUUAAUAAAAGAUUAUUAUUAUAAUUAUAUAGUACUUAAAGAAUCAAUAAAUAAUAUUCCAGAUGAAUUUAAAUAUAGCCAAAACAGUAGUAAAACUGAUGCAAUUUACAACCUAUUGGAUUAUUUAGGAAUAGAAAAAUACUAUUAUGGGUUUAAUAGAAAUUUACAUACAUUUUUAUUUUUAGCACGUGAAUUUUUACAAAAAGAGUAUGCAUUGAAAAAAGUAUAUGAAGUAUUACCAGUAGAUUUUGAAUUAGAUAGAAAAGAAUUGAUAGAACAAAUUCAUGACUCUACUUCUGGUGAGAAGGAUAUAUACGAGUUUUCUUAUAAAAUAUUUGAUCCAAUAUGCAGUUUUUUACAUGCAUAUAAUUGUUUUAAUUUAAAUUAUAUAUCAAACAAAUUAAUAAAUAAUUUGCGUAUAAAAAAAUCAAAUGCAGUCAUAACAAAAGAAUUGAGUAAGUUAACCGAAUAUGUACAAACUACACAUUUUGACAUUAUAGAAUAUUUAAAAGACCUAACAUAUUAUAUUACUAAUUUAUUUGAAUAUGGGCAUAAAGAAAAUUUAUAUAAUGAAUUAGUUAUAUUUUAUUAUUCUUUAUUUUUUGAUUAUUACCUAGAUACUUUAGGUAAAUUAUUAUAUAUAACACAAAUACAUUUGAAAUAUCCAUUUAAUGAGCAAAUAAAAAACGACUUAUCAACUAUAAAUGCUCGAAUUAAAACCCAUCGAGAUUUUGUGGAAAAUGAAAUGAUUCGUUUUUAUCACAAAUACAACAUAUCUGAGAAUUUAUUAGAGUGCGUUACUGGUAUUUUUUCAAAUAAUGAAUAUAGAGUUUUAAUUUUAGAACAAUAUCUAGAUUCAAAAAAUUCAAAUUAUUUAUCACUCAUAUUGCUACUUUUUAAAUAUUUAAAAGUUUUUAUAUUUUCAAUGUCUACUUAUUCAAACUUGCAAAUUACACAUUCUCUUUUAUCAGAUCUUGAAAAAAAAAAUGUUAAGUAUGACGAGGCUUUGGAUAUACUUACUCAUCAUGCCUCUUUCAACAUAUUUGAUAGUGCAUUUUUUAAUAAAAAAAAAGUAAUUUAA